CCCAGUAGCUGCUCCUUGUUAUAUGAGGUGAAGCUCUGCUAUGGGAGAGUAAGUUAGGGAUACCCCCCUACCCUGACUACUGCAGAAUUAGCCCCCAUGGCUAGAAGAAGGAAUCUAUAAGUAUUUUCUUCCACCGCUGCAGGGAUAAUCCACAGAGAUCUGGCGUCCCUGCUGACCUCGCCUUGUCCUGUCAUUGAUGGGAAAUCAACUGGAUCGCAUCACCCACCUGAAUUACAGCGAGCUGCCGACAGGAGACCCCUCCGGGAUCGAGAAGGACGAGCUGCGGGUCGGGGUGGCUUACUUCUUCUCAGAUGAGGAUGAGGAGCUGGACGAUAGGGGGCAGUGUGAGCGCUACACGGUGAGGGACAGCAGUCCUGGCCAGGGAGAGGGACACCUUCUACUCAACGAGAUCGAGUUCUCAGCCUACAGCUGCCACGAAUGUAUCUUCUCCAAGAUCAGGGGCCACCAGGACCUCAGCGUCUAUCCCAUGCAAGGCUUGCUAGCCUACUGCAAGCCAGGAGACCUCCUGGAGCUGCUCUUUCUGUGCCCAGCAGCAGACCACCCUCCUCCACCAUCUCCUCACUGGGCAGUUUAUGUUGGCCAAGGUCAGAUUAUUCACUUACACCGCGGGGAAAUCCGCAAAGACAGCGUGUUCGACGUCGGUGGAGGCUGCAUGGGCAGGGUGGUGAAUAGCUGGUACCGGUACAGGCCACUGACCUCUGAACUGGUCCUCCAGAACGCAUGUGGACACCUUGGCUUGAGGAGUGAUGAGAUCUGCUGGACUAACUCUGAGAGCUUUGCAGCAUGGUGCAGGUUUGGCAACAGGGAAUUUAAGGCAGGUGGGGAGGUCCAGUCUGAGGACCUGCAGUACUUCCUGAAGCUCCACCUGGAGGAGAACAAUGUCCACACCUUGAGUUUUCCUAGCCUGGAGGACCUAAUAAGGGAGAAGAGAAGGGUGGACGCUGGUGGCAAAUUGAGAGUCCUGAAAGAGCUCUCCAUGGUAGAGGAGAAAGAGUAAGGAGGGCAGAGGGUUGAAACAUCUUCCUAAUUUUCCAAACAGGCUGCACCUUUUAGACUCAUUUUUAAGGAUCAUGUCAACAUUCCUGAAACCAGCAUUACACCAUAGCCACUGUUUGAUUUGGCUUUUUAAACAUGGUAUCAAAACAAAAACAACACAAAAAACCCACAAAAAAGCACCCACAAAAAAAGCAACAACAAAUGUCGAGUAUGUUGGCUGUAGUGUUGAUGUCUUUAUUGAGCAUUUAGCAACAUGCUAAAUAAAAUUUCAAAUUGAAAUUUGUAUUUUCAUGGCUUUACUCCAUGAUCGUUUAUCCACAGAGGCCAAUAAAUUGGAUUUCUCUAUUUGAUUA